AUGGGUCGCGCGCACCAAAACAUGAUCGCGGCACGCCUCCGCAAGCGCAACGAAGCCGCCGGAGUCAACACUGCCGCCGCCCAGUUGAGGGUGAAGUCGUCGCAAGCUCAAAAUACUCCCAAUAGUGCCGUCAGCAACGGAGAUCAGGUCAACACCAUCUCGAAGGUGAACAACAUCCCGAAGGUCAACAACGCUGUUGUCGUAACAGCAACCACGGUCCCUCCAGCGUUGACCCGGUGCUCUAUCAACCUGCUCGAAAUGCCUGCCUACCAACGCAAAGCCCUAGCUCACGGUCCAACCAUUAAGUUUGUCCAGGGUAAAACUUUCCUUAUCUCACUUCCCGUCGGCCUCUUCUUCUCCGCGUCCAGCAAUGCAGCGCAGCUUGUUUCCUCAAACUGCGCGACCGAAAUCAAGCUUCCUACGAGUUUGUCCACCUCGUCCCUCCAGCUACUUCUCGAGUGGCUGAAGUCUUGCACCAUGAAGAAUACAAUCUUCGCCCCUCGUGUUCAGCGGGAUCUUGUCGACGCAUUGAAUAUAUACCACUCCGCCGAAGCCCUAGGGUUGCUGCCCUAUAUAGACAACACCUUGAAGUACCAAAAGCAUCGUCUAUUCAACACCACCCCCUCCGAGGGCGUGAUCUCGACCAUCGAAAACUCCGCCUUGAAUGGAGGCUGCGAUGACCAUUUCCUUGCCAUUCUCACCGAGCGGAUCGCCUAUAUCAUCCGCAAGGAUCUGCUCCAUGCUGACGAGAAAGAUGAUUACAUGACGAUGAUCGCGAAUCACCGUACGGUUUACGCUGUUGUUCAGCGCAUCAACGGCCCCUGGAUGAAGCGUCGCGCAGCAGAGGCUAGGCGCCUAGAGCUUGAAGCCAAAGCCGCUGCUGCCAAGGUCCGAAACGAAAAAGCAAUGGAGCGUGCUGCAGCUGAGAAGGUUAUGCGCAAGGAAGCCGCGAACAAGCUCUAUCAUGACGAUAUGGAGGCACGGGGCGCGUUGCUGGAGAAGCUCAAGGGUCAGAGCAAGGUCCUGACUCUCACUAAGGACGAGAUGGAGCUGGCAGAACGCUUGAGGGGUUACGGAGAUGUGCAAAUCGGGAAGUGGAUGUGA